CGGCUUACCAAUGCUGUGACGUCCGCCUUUGUCCUCCCCAGCUUAAAGCGUCACUUAGGAAACGACUUCAUCCAGUUUCAUCCUCCCUAAUCGACCUACAUCUGUCAUGGACGCCAGACUCCGUCGGGUGAACAAGGAGAUCACAGACUGCAAGAACGACAAGGUGUCGGGGAUCCGCAUCGACCUCGUUGACUCGUCUCCAUUCCAUCUGCGGGGGGCCUUUCCGGGCCCUGAGGGUACACCCUAUGAAGGUGGCACGUUCGAGGUGGACAUUGUCAUCCCCGAAUCGUAUCCGUUCCAGCCGGUGAAGAUGAAGUUCAUCACCAAGGUCUACCACCCGAACGUGUCCUCCGCAUCCGGCGCCAUCUGUCUUGACAUCCUCAAGGACGCGUGGUCACCCGUGCUGACACUCAAAUCGACGCUCAUCUCGCUCCAGAGCCUCCUCUGCUCGCCCGAGCCGAGCGACCCGCAGGACGCGGAAGUCGCGAAGCACUACACGACCAGCAAGCACAGCUUCGACGAGACCGCGCGGUAUUGGACUAAGACGUAUGCCACGCCGCAUGGAGCGCCCGCGUCGCCCACGGCGCGCAGUGGUGGUGCCAGCAGCAAUAAUGCGCAGAGAGAUGAGGUCGCGAUCGCAGGUCUGGAGCAGGCGCACGUCGACCAGUUCGAGAGCCUCGGAUUCCCGCGGGGGAAAGUGAUCGAUGUCCUGCGCCGACUCAACUACCGUGGGGCCAAUGUCGCUAAGAUCGGUGAGGACCGCAUCGUGGAGGAGCUUCUCAAGUGAAUGCCGGCUGUCUCUGCAAUGCUCUGUGAUUUCCUUCCUGUAUCCAUCAUUUGCAUUGGGUCUCUAAUUGUAUCGGUUGGCAACGAUCUGUACCUCUAACACUGUUAUUUUCUGUAUAUCGAGAACCUGCUCACGACUUUCACGUCUGCCGUGUCGUAUCUCGAUGUCUGUACGGCGUGGGUGUACAGACUUGUGUGUCGGAGGAUCCUAGAGGACGUUGGAUACUUUGACCUGUCCUUCAAAGUGCUAACGAUGCCCCCCCAGUCAGUCAUAGUUGGAUAAAUAUGCAUCGAUGCGAUCUCGCUAUCCAUCGUUGACAUGUGGCGGUGCAAUAUCACG